AUGUACUUGUACAAUAAUUUGACGUCAGAAGCAAAAGAAAUAGAGGAAAAAAAAGAGGAGAAACUACAAGCAUUGAACACUAUUCACAAAACGGUAGAGGCGUCAUUCAAUUAUACGGAUAACGUGAGUCUGGAUAUAUACGCGUUCGACGGCAUCCAUGCCGAAGAGGAUGCACAGACGGCGGCACGAAAAGCUGAAGCUGCAGUGAAGCCUGCGGAGACAGCUGCUAACCUUUUAAAUGAGGCCUUAGGGAACCUCACUACUGCAAUUAAUACUGCAAAGAAGAGAAUUGAAGAAAUAACACCAGAGGAAAACAAAGGAUCACCGAAUAACACAGGGAAUCAGAGUGUCCCCAGCGACUCUACCACUAACAAGCAACCAUCUCCUGCCAGUACGACUGCUGUGUCAGGCUCAGAAGAAACCAAUUCCACUACUACUCCGCCGAGCUCCGAGAACACCACGACAGAAACACCAAACACCACUCCAUCUCCUUCACCCAACGUAGAGAUCAACACUAUUGCUUCCACUGUAAAGAAGAAUGCCAAUGCUGACAGCAGUGUCAGUCCUGUGUGGAUGCGCACUGCAGCACCGCUGCUGAUUGUGGUUGUGUUGUUCUCCGCUACCCUCUACUGA